ACUAAAUUGAAGAUAUAAAAAUGAAUAGAAGUUUAAACCAUGUUCUGUCUACUAUUGAGAGGAAAAUUUUAGAGUCUAUUAGAUUAAUCGAAAACGAAGAAUUUUCCGCAGCUCUACAAAUCAUUUCCGAAAGUAAUAGCAAUUUGCAAAGGAUUCGUAAUGUUAUUAGUGAUGAUACAUUCAAUACUUUGAAGAAUAAUUGUGAUAGACUCCAACAAAUAUGUGAUAAUAAUCUUGUUCAAAGUAUUAUGAGUAACAGAAGCAGAAGUUAUGUUGCACCGAGAUUAAAUAAUUUAAAUAGGGGUAGACCAAAAGUCCAAAUAAGUAAAGAACAGUUACAAUUUCUUAUACAGGAAAAUUAUAUUGCCAAAGAAAUGGCGAGACAUUUUAGUUGUUCUAUAAAUCUAGUAUAUAAAAAAUGUUAUUCAUUUGGCAUUAAAAUACGAAAUAAAUAUUACAAUGGCAGUGAUGCAGAGUUGCGUCGGGAAAUCUCCGAUUUACAUGCUCAAUAUCCGAAUAGUGGAAGUAAUAUGAUAACAGCUUACUUAAAGGCUAAAGGAAAAGUAGUUCAAAGGCGAAAAGUUAGAAGAUUUUUAUCUGAAAUCGACCCUAUUGGUACUGCUAGCAGAUGGAGUAAUGCAAUACAUCGCAGAACAUAUAAAGUGCCAACACCCAAUUCAUUAUGGCAUAUAGAUGCGAACCUAAAACUGAUUCGGUGGCGUUUUGCUAUACAUGGAUGUAUAGACGGAUAUUCACGAUUAAUUUUAUAUUUGAAAUGCACUACUUCAAUGACAGCUAGCACAGUAAUUCCAUUUUUUGCUAACGCUGCAGUACAAUACGGCUUACCAUCCAGAGUAAGAUCAGACUUUGGUUAUGAAAAUCUGUUUGUGGCAAUGGUUAUGAAUGCCAUUCGAGGAUUAAACAGAGGAAGUCAUCUGACGGGUCGCUCGGUGCACAAUCAACGUAUAGAGAGAUUAUGGGUAGACGUAUUUAAAGAAGUAAUCGACUUUUUUUAUACCGAAUUUACUGCUUUGGAAGAAGAUAGAUUAUUAGAUAUUAAUAACGAAAAACAUGUAUUUGCAUUACAACAAGUUUAUUUGACAUAUAUAAAUGAAAAACUCGAUGUUUUUACACAAGCGUGGAACUUUCAUAAGUUAAGAACAGAAAGAAAUAAAACUCCUAGGCAACUUUGGUUGUCUGGUAUGAUAAAAAAUGUCAAUAGUGAGCAUACCGCUACCCGUGAAAUUUUUCAAGACCAGCCUCACUUAUACAAUAGAAUUAUUGAUGCUUUUGGAAUAGACGAAUUAAACUUUGCGAUUAUUACACGUGAUGAAGAAAGCAAUUCCAAUUUAACAGUUCAGUUGGAACUUAGUGAAGAUCGAAUGAAUUAUAUAAUUAAUGUGUUAGCUGAUGCUUCUACAGAUUAUAAAACAAAGUAUUUGCAGAUAGUAGCAUAUUUAAACAAUAUAAACUACAUAUAA